AUGCUUCGUGGCAACCUCGCCCCUUUCCUGAAAGGCAUUAUGGUGGCGCGCGGCGACCUGGCCAUGGAGAUCCCUCCCGAGAAGGUGGCGCUGGCCCAGAAGAUGAUGAUCAACAAGUGCCAGCUGGCGGGCAAGGUCAUCAUCUGCGCCACCCAGAUGAUGGAGUCCAUGAUUGAAAACCCAUACCCCGCGCGCGCCGAGAUGACUGAUGUGGCCAAUGCAGUGUUUGAUGGCACGGACGCCGUCAUGCUGUCGGGCGAGACCGCCAACGGCAAGCACCCCGCCCUUGUGGUCCGCACCAUGAGCGACAUCGUGGCCACCAGCGAGCUGGGUGUGAGCUACUACGAGCAGUUCCACAGCAUCAGGUACAACAACGCGGCGCGCGAGUUUGUGAGCCCCCAGGAGGCCCUCCUCAGCGGCGUGUCUAAGGCCGCAAUAUCCUUCUGCACCGACGCCAACGGGGACGGCAUCAUCGAGCUCUCCGAGGGCUGCCUGGCGGUGGUGCUGACAGAGGACGGCAGAGCGGCGCAGCUGGUGGCCAAGUACAGGCCCCCUUGCCCCGUCAUUGCCGUCAGCACCAACGGGCGCGCUCUGCGCAGCUUGGCUUCGACGUUUGGCGUCAUACCUCUGAAGAUUGACUCAUUCGAUGUCGGCCCGGCGCGUGCGGUGCGGCUCGGCAUCGAGCACGCCCUCUCGCGGGGCCUGGCGGUGGACGGCAUCAAGGUGCUGGCGGUGACGGGCGGCGCAACCGUCGCGCCGGCGGACGAGGCGCCGGUGGUGACGGUCGAGUAUCUAGGCAUGCGCGCCAUGAGCUUCUUGCACCGCCGGGCAGACCAGCACACGCCCUACUCUUCGCCGUUCUGCCGCCACACCACGUACUGCAACCAAGAUGUGCACAUUGGCGUGGAGAGCAUCGUGUCCCCCAGCCGGCCACACCACCGCGCCACCAAGAUCGUGGCAACCAUCGGCCCCGCCACGGCCGAUGCGGCCGCUAUGGCCAAGCUUGUGGACGCCGGCGUCGACGUGGCCAGGUUCAACGAUGAGAACCUGUGGCUGCUGAGCACAUGGCGGACGGUGGUGCAGGAGAAGGCGAAGGCCGCCCGCGCGGAGCUGGGCCUCACACACCUGCUGUCCGAUGAGACCAUGAUGCGUGGCAUGUGGGUCAGCAUCCGCGGCCACGAGAUCCGCAGCGCCAAGCUGGAGGGGGACCAGCCGGUGGACCUGGAGGCGGGGGAGGAGGUGGUGGUGCAGGGACUCACAGAGGUGGAGUACUUUGGCGAGUGGCGCGGCGGGCGCCCGGCCGGCGGCGGCCCUGUCACGAUGGGCAUCAGCUACCAAAACGUCGGGGAGGCCGUCAGCAUGGGUGACACGAUCUUGGUGGACGAUGGCAACCUGAAGCUCCAGGUCGUGGACAUCCAGGGCCCCACCAGGGUGGUGGGCAAGGCGCUUUCGGCGCACGCCCUCCAGGAGCUCGCGCUGCUCCACAUCCCGGGAGCCCACAAGGGUGGCGCCCAGUCCCUCCUGCCGCGUGACCUGGAGGACCUCAAGCUGGCGGCGGACUACAGCGCGGACUACGUCAGCGUGCCCUUCGUGCGCAGCGCAGCGGACGUGCAGCAGGUGCGCACAGUGUUGGACGGCUACGGCGCCCCCAGCACCAAAAUAAUCGCCCAGAUCGACUGCACCGACGCGAUCCGCAACUUUGACGAGAUCAUAGGCGUCUCUGACGGCAUCAUGGUGUCGCGCACCAACCUCGGCAUGGACGCGGGCGCCAGCAAGGUGCCCCUGGCCCAGAAGUGGCUCAUCCAGAAGGCCAACCUGGCGGGCAAGCCCGCGUUUGUGAUGGAGGGCAUGGCCACCAACAUACGCCCCAGCCGCCCCGAGAUCACGGACGUCGUCAACUCGGUCUACGACGGCGCAGACGGCAUCGUCCUCAUGCAGGAGACGUCCUGCGGUCGCUUCGCGGACGUGUGCGUGCGUACCACCUCCCAGAUCAUCUGCGACGCGGAGGCCGGCAUGUCCAACUCCGCCAACUACGGCUUCAUCAGGCAAGAGCUCCUCGCCAACACACACACGCCUGGCCACCGCUGCCUGAACAUUCACGGCGCUCUGCUGUCACAGAACUUCACGCCCAAGCCGAUGUCCCUGCUCGAGGCGCAGGCGUCCAACGCGGCCAAGGCCAUCAUUGACAUGGCGGGCAGCGUCAUCGCCGUCAUCACUGAGACCACGCAGCCCGUCAGGCUGGUGGCCAAGUACAAGCCGGGCGUCCCCCUGCUGGUGGUGACCAACAAGCCGCGCGUGGCAACCCAGUGCGCGCUGCUGCACGGCGCCGUACCCGUGGUGGUCAGGGCCGACCUGGACACCUCUAGCAACAAGAUCAUCGAGAGCGUGGGUGCCCGCGCCUCGUCCCUGAUUUGA